AUGAGCUUAAUGAAUUUGCAUCUUACAUUGGCAAGCUAGCUAGCAGUGGUAUUUUGAGCUUACAUUUCAAAUUCAGGGUGAGACUCAUUUUUCUCAUUUGCAUUGUUUUUUUUUUGUUUUUUAGAUGUUACUUUCACUUAGUUCUUCACAGAUAUAUUAAUAUCAAUUAUUAUUUUCUGAAACAGAAGUUGCGAUCAAUUAGUCACCAUGGUUAAGACAGUUGAGUUGUAUGGAUUUUGCUCUGUUCAGUCUCCAGAAGCAGUGACAGAGUUUAUGGAGAAAUAUACUGGAAAAGGAACUGUUUAUGAUGUGAAGGUCUUCCACAAAGAUGGAAAAGCAAGAGCUUCUGCCAUGGUUCAAUUCACACAUGCAGAGUUUGCUGACAUGAUACUGACAGUAGCCGGACAUCAUCUUGAAAAAAGUGUGCGGUACGGGAAUUCUUUCCUGAAAGCUAAAAGAUUGAAGCGUGACAUGUUCUCCAAAUCAGUAACCUUUCAACCUAGCAUGGAACUUGUAAAGCUGCACUUUGGAUGCCAGAUUUCCAACGAACAGUUUUCAGUGCUUUGGACACUAUCCGAUGUUUUGGUGAAAUUUGGGAUGAUACUUAAACAUUUCUACUUCUUUUUCUCUUAUGAUUCUAUUGAAUACAAGCUAGAAAUCUCCUACGACAUUGUUAGCCAGAUUGAGCUACAUCGUCCACAUGGUCAACUUGCAAAGUUCCUUCUCAUCCAGUUAUGUGGGGCCCCUCGGAUUUACAAGAAAGAUGUACCUCAUACGAACAAUAUCGAGGAAGCUUCUGCUACUUACUGGGUUCGAGAAGUUGAUUUCACUCCAUCAUGCAGAAUUGGGCAAUCUUCUGCUGUAUGUUUGGAGCUUCCACUAAGGUGGAUUCUUCCAAAUCUAGGCAGCAGUUUUGUUUAUUAUAAAGCAGAUGAAGGACAGUUCGUUUUGGAGAGAGGUAACAUUUUCUCCUGUGACUCAGAUCUUGUUCCUAUUGUGCGUCCACCCCUAGGCAUUAAGUUGCCAUAUAAAGUCCUGUUCAAGAUAAAUUCCUUGGUUCAGCAUGGAUGUGUUCCUGGACAAGCCCUUGAUGCCAAUUUUUAUGAGCUAGUUGAUCCUACUAGAAUAAGAAUUGAAGAUAUAGAAUGUGCCCUGGACAAACUAUUUCACUUAAAAGAGUGCUGCUAUGAACCUGUGAGUUGGCUCAGAGAGCAGUACAGAAAGUACCAGACAUGCAAGCGAAUUCCCGAAACGCCUGCUAUUUCUUUGGAUGAUGGGCUGGUGUAUGUAGACAGGGUACAAAUAACACCAUCUAAAGUAUAUUUCUGCGGUCCAGAGGUAAAUCUUUCAAAUCGCCUUUUCCGAAAGUAUCCUAAAGAUGUUGAUAACUUUCUUCGAGUUUCUUUCGUUGAUGAGGACUUGGGGAUGAUGCGCUCGGCAGAUUUAUGUCUGCGUGCUGCAGAACAGGAAAGACGAACUAGAGUCUAUGAAAGGAUACUUUCUACUCUACGAAAUGGCAUAGUUAUUGGUGAGAAGAAAUUUGAGUUUCUUGCCUUUUCAUCAAGUCAAUUACGAGGUCAUUCUGUGUGGAUGUUUGCUUCAAGAAGUGAGCUCACAGCACAAGACAUCAGAAACUGGAUGGGUGAUUUUAAGGAGAUUAGAAAUGUGGCAAAACAUGCUGCCAGGCUUGGUCAGUCUUUCAGCUCUUCCAAGGAGGCUUUUAGUGUUGGUGAGGAUGAAGUUGAACUCAUUCCCGAUGUAGAAAUUGAAAGGGAUGGAGUUAAGUAUUGCUUUUCUGAUGGAAUUGGGAAAAUAUCUGCUGACUUUGCUGCAAGGGUGGCAAGAAAGUUUGAGUUAAGUCGUACUCCAUCGGUCUUCCAAAUUCGAUAUGGUGGCUAUAAAGGUGUUCUGGCAGUUGAUCCAACAUUGUCAAAGAACUUGUCAUUGAGAAAGAGCAUGUUCAAGUACCAAUCCAACAACAAAACACUAGAUGUUCUGAAAUGGAGCAAGUACCAGCCUUACUUCCUUAAUCGAGAAGUGAUUACCCUUCUGUCCACCCUCGGAGUUCCAGAUGACGUUUUUAUGGAAAAGCAAAAACAGGUUUUGAAUCAAUUGGAUGGCGUUUUAGCUGAUCCAUUUAGAGAACAGAAAACGAUGGAAUUAUUGUUUCAGGGAGAGGUCAUCAACAUUUUAAAGGAAAUGGUUUUGUGUGGUUACACACCAGAUGCAGAACCAUUUCUGGCCAUGAUGCUACAAGCAUACUGUGUAUCAAAGCUUGUGGAACUGCGGAAAAAGACAAGGAUAUAUGUCCCCGAUGGAAGAUCUAUGAUGGGAUGUCUUGAUGAAACUGGAACAUUGGAAUACGGUCAGGUAUUUGUGCAAUGUUCUCCCCAUGGCAGCCAGCAACUCCAUGAUACUUCCACCCAUAUCUUCAGUGGCAGCAGUUCAAGUGACAACAGUUUUACCGUUGAGGGAAAAGUAGUGGUUGCUAAAAACCCAUGUUUACACCCGGGUGACGUGCGUGUUCUUAGGGCUAUCAAUGUGCCGGCAUUGCACCACAUGGUGGAUUGUGUUGUUUUCCCGCAAAAAGGAGAGAGACCACAUCCUCAUGAAUGCUCAGGAGGUGAUUUAGAUGGUGAUUUUUACUGGGUCAGUUGGGACCCUGAUCUAAUUCCUCCUUGCCCAGUUGAACCCAUGAAUUAUACACCAGAACCAACGACGAAUUUGGAUCAUGAUGUUACAAUGGAGGUAUAUAUUUCCUUUUGUUCAUUCUUGCCUCUGUCGUAUGAGUUCAGUUCAAGACUUGAUGUGCUAUUGUGUUUGUUACAGGAAAUUGAGGAAUCUUUUGUAAACUACAUAGUCCACGACAACUUGGGGAUCAUUUCAAGUGCUCAUACUGUCUUUGCAGACAGAGAGCAAGACAAGGCUAUGAGUGGUCCAUGUAAAGAGCUCGCCAAGCUCAACUCCCGCGCUGUAGACUCUCCGAAAACUGGCGUGCUAGUCAAAUUGCCAUAUCAUCUACGAGCCAUAGAGUACCCAGAAUUCAUGGAAAAGCUUGACAAACCCACCUAUAAGUCGAAAGGUGUGAUCGGGAAGCUUUUCCAACAGGUGAACGAUCAUGUUGAGCUUGUAUAUCAUUUAUAUUCAAACUAUGCUAAAUCCUUCACCAUGGAAGUGGCUUGGAAGUGUUAUGACCCUGACAUGAAGGUAGAUGGGUUUGAGGUCUACAUCAAUGAGGCCAUCAAUUACAAAAGGGAGUAUGACUACAAGCUGAGAAACCUGAUGGAAUAUUACGGCAUCAAAAGUGAAGCGGAAAUACUAAGUGGGAAUAUCACUCAAACAUCCAAAUACUUCGAUAGAAGAAAGGACUUUAAAGAAAAUAUUGGUCACGCUGUAAGGUCAUUGAAGACGGAAGCUAGGGGCUGGUUUCAUGAGAAGCAGGGAAGUAAUAUUCAGUCCAAUGUCAGCGGCAACAGCAAUGAUGCAUAUGCAGCAAAAGCAUCAGCUUGGUACCAUGUUACAUAUCAUCCUCGUUACUUCGGUUGCUACAAUGAGGGAAUGGCAAGGGAGCAUUUCCUCAGCUUUCCAUGGUGUGUCUUUGACAAGCUCAUCCAGAUCAAGAGGGAUAAAAGAAGUAUCUAAACUUCUUUACAUAUGUUAUCACUGACGUGCCAUUCGACUUGAGAAAGUAAGCAUCAGGUGUUUGUUUGGAAAUUUGAAAGAUACUCUUAGCUGUUGUGUUUUCCCUCAUAAACUUAAGUGUGUUAUGAAUGUGGUUAUGUUUUCUGUAAGCAACUAUAGUACGUAAAUAAUAAAUAUGGGUGUGAUUACUUUUUUAGAGUGAUA